AUGGCGGUGCAAGUGGCCAUGGAGAGAGCCCUAAAUGCCGAGACUCACACCAAGGGGCUCGGAUCCAAGUGCCGCAAUGACCGUGAAAAGGCUGCAUGGGCUGAUUGUUUGAAGCUCUAUAAGAGCACCAUUCUCCAACUUAAUCAAACCCUUGACAACCCAAAAUGCACCGAUUUUGAUGCACAAACCUGGCUGAGCACGGCUUUGACUAACCUCGAGACCUGUCGAACAGGUUUCAAGGAGCUGGGUGUUUCGACCCAUAUGUUGCCCCUCAUGUCCAAUAACGUAUCAAAACUCAUUUGCAACACCUUGGCUCUUAACAAUGGCUCAACUGAGAAACAGACUUACAAAUAUGGGUUUCCAACUUGGGUUUCGCCGGGAGACCGGAAGCUGUUGCAGUCGUCAUCACCGACGGCCAAUCUUGUGGUGGCUCAGGAUGGGUCAGGAAAUCACCGUACCGUUAAAGCCGCCCUCGACGCGGCGGCAAAGAGGAGUGGCAGUGGGAGGUUUGUUAUACGUGUGAAGAGCGGGGUUUAUAGGGAGAAUCUGGAGAUUGGCAACAACAUGAAGAAUAUCAUGCUUGUCGGAGAUGGGUUGACAAACACCAUUAUCACCGGUAGCCGGAGUGUUGGAGGAGGUUCCACCACCUUCAACUCUGCGACUGUAGCGGUCACCGGCGAAGGAUUCAUUGCUCGUGGCAUAACAUUCCGCAAUACAGCCGGUCCAGAGAACCAUCAAGCUGUAGCACUCCGAUCAGGCUCCGAUCUCUCCGUCUUCUACCUCUGUGGCUUCGAAGGAUACCAAGACACCCUCUACGUCCAUUCACAACGACAGUUCUACAAAGAAUGCAACAUCUAUGGCACCGUCGACUUCAUUUUCGGCAAUGCUGCGGUCGUUCUCCAGAACUGCAUGAUAUAUGCAAGGAGACCCAUGGACAAGCAGAAAAUCGCCAUAACAGCCCAAGGCCGAACUGACCCUAACCAGAACACCGGAAUCUCAAUUCAUAACUCUCGUAUCAUGGCUGCAUCAGACUUAAAGCCAGUUCUCAGUUCGUUCAAAACAUACCUGGGACGGCCAUGGAAGGAGUACUCUAGAACUGUUUUUCUUCAGUGUUACUUGGACUCCUUGGUUGAUCCCGCUGGCUGGUUAGAAUGGGAUGGCAAUUUUGCUCUCAAUACCUUGUAUUAUGGAGAGUAUAAGAACUCCGGCCCUGGUUCCUCGACGAGCCAGAGAGUGAAGUGGCGGGGUUAUCGGGUGAUAACGAAUCCGACUGAGGCGUCACAGUUCACUGUUGCAAAUUUCAUAGCCGGUCGCUCAUGGUUGCCGGCCACCAGUGUUCCGUUUACUUCUGGACUGUGA